AUGGUGCAUGAUCUUCAAAACUGGAACGACGAAAUGAUCGUGCCAAACCCCGACCAGGAUGACUCAGAUGAAGCUGAAGGCACAACUCUACGAGAUCCCCAGUACACUAAUUCACGUGGCAGGCCGCGUUUGAAUCGAUAUAGAGGAAGAAUUGAAUACUACUUUACAAGUUCACAGCCGCGUGGUGUAUUUGGAGCUAGUAAUGGCGCAAGAACCAGUGUUAGAGGGGGUGGCAGGGGUGGUGGCAGGAUUGGUGGCAAUCGUGGUGGUAGAGGUGUCGGUAGAAGUGGUGGACGCAGAAGUAGGGGUAAUGGGCAAGGCAGAGGUACAAACAUUGAGCAUGAUGGUUACCUAGGUGUGAAUGGGCAAAUUGACUCUACACAAUCACAAUCAAGCUUGUUUGAUCUAAAUGCCGAACCAGACUUGGAACUAUAA